GAAGAAACCAUAACAUGAAAUGCGAACCUUCUGUAGAGGAUUGUCACUUCUGUUCGGUCUCGUGAGUAAGAGGGAUGGGAGACUUACCAGGCAGAAGGCUUUUGUCUUUACUGUUUUUCAUUGUACUCCUGUCAGAGGGACAUUUCCGAUGGGUUGAGGCCCAACACUGUGUGUGGUAUCGCGAGUGUGGGGAGUCCGAGAAGGUGCACGGAAAGAAGUACAACUGCAACUACACUGGUCCUGCCCUCCCGCUAGACCCUCAGGGUUAUGACCUUCUCACGGAGCUGUGUCCUGGGUAUGACUAUGGAAACCGACUGUUGUGCUGUGAUGUUGACCAGUUGCGCACUCUCAAAGGGAGUCUUCAGCUACCUCUUCAGUUCCUGUCUCGGUGUCCCGCCUGCUUCUUCAAUCUGAUGAACCUCUUCUGUGAGCUGACAUGCAGCCCCCAUCAGAGUCAGUUCAUGAAUGCCACCAAGUUCAACGAUUCCAGUAUAAUUGAAGUGCAGUACUAUGUUGGACAGACAUUUGCUAACUCCAUGUACAAUGCGUGUAAGGACGUCCAGGCACCAUCCAGCAACGUGAAGGCCUUAUCUCUGCUGUGUGGGAAGGAUGCAAAGGACUGCAACGCCACUAACUGGAUCCAGUAUAUGUUCAAUAUUAACAAUGGACAGACACCCUUUCCUAUUAUCCCGAUAUUCUCAGAUGUCCCAGUGUCUGGCUAUACCCCCAUGAACAACAAGACGUAUAACUGUACAGAGGCCCUGGAGGACGGUUCAGGCCCCUGCUCAUGUCAGGACUGCACAAAGGCCUGUGGACCCAAACCUAUACCUCCCCCUGUCCCCAGUCCCUGGACAAUCCUCGGUCUUGAUGCUAUGACUGCCAUCAUGUGGAUCUCUUACAUUGCCUUCCUGCUUAUCUUUAUUGGAACUGUACUGGGAGCUUGGUGUUACAGGAAAAGGAUGAUCAUGUCUGAGUAUGGCCCCAUAUUGGACAGCAAUAAUCCCCUGUCUCUCAACAGUGAUAAUCCUGACCAAGUAAAUGCAUCAUGCUGUGAAACAUUGGGUGAGCGCUUCGAGAAUGCUCUGCGGAUCAUCUUCAGCUCCUGGGGUUCCUUCUGUGUGCGGCAUCCCUCUGUGGUCAUACUGGGCUGCCUGAUCCUGGUGGUCGCCUCCUCUGGAGGCCUGGUCUACAUGCGCGUCACCACAGACCCCGUUGAGCUGUGGUCAUCUCCCACUAGCCAGGCUCGUCAAGAGAAGGACUACUUUGACAGCCACUUUGGACCCUUCUUUAGAACUGUGCAGCUCAUCAUAACAACUCCACUCAAUGACACUUUCAUCUACUCCCCAUACUUUGGAGGAUCAGAUGUCCCAUUUGGAGCCAUCCUGGGCAAAGACAUUUUGCACCAGGUGCUGGAUCUGCAGCUUGACAUCGAACGUAUUGUAGCAACAUAUGAGGGCCAGAACGUCACACUGAAAGACCUCUGCUUGGCUCCACUGGCCCCAUACAAUACCAACUGUACCAUCUUGAGUGUCCUGAACUACUUCCAGAACAGCCAUGCCGUGCUGGACCACAGCAAGGGAGACGACUUCUUUGUCUAUGCUGACUUUCACAGCCACUUCCUCUACUGUGUCAGUGCACCAGCAUCUCUCAAUGACACCACUAUGCUCCAUGACCCCUGUUUAGGCACCUUUGGUGGUCCCGUCUUCCCUUGGCUGGCACUUGGGGGUUACGAUGAAACCAACUACAACAAUGCCACCGCUUUAGUGAUCACAUUUCCACUCAACAACUACCUGAAUGACUCAGUCAGAAUGGGCAAAGCUCUGGCAUGGGAGAAAGAAUUUAUCAAGUUCAUGAAAAACUUCAAAAACCCCAACCUGACCAUAGCCUUUAGUGCAGAGAGGAGCAUUGAAGAUGAAUUAGACAGAGAGAGCAACAGUGAUGUCAGCACCAUAGUAAUCAGCUACGCUAUAAUGUUCAUCUACAUCUCACUGGCACUUGGGCACAUCCACAGCUUCAGAAGAGUAUUGGUGGACUCUAAGAUUUCUCUGGGUGUAGCGGGUAUCCUAAUUGUGCUGAGCUCCGUGGCCUCCUCACUGGGGAUCUUCAGCUAUUUUGGUGUCCCCCUCACCCUCAUUGUGAUUGAAGUCAUUCCUUUCCUGGUGCUAGCUGUUGGAGUAGACAACAUCUUUAUUAUAGUACAGACAUAUCAGAGGGAUGAGCGGAUGCCCCAGGAGCAACUUCAUCAGCAGAUUGGUCGUAUUCUUGGAGACAUAGCCCCUAGCAUGUUCCUCUCCUCCUUCUCCGAGACGGUGGCUUUCUUCCUGGGAGCCCUGUCCAACAUGCCCGCAGUGAGGACUUUCUCUAUGUUUGCUGGCUUGGCUGUUUUUAUUGAUUUCCUGUUGCAGAUCAGUUGCUUUGUCAGCUUGCUCGGCUUGGACGCCAGAAGACAGGAGGGAAAUCGACUCGACAUAAUUUGCUGUGUGAAACUGUCAGAAGGUCAGGAAACCAAGACAGACAGCUUCCUCUUCCGCUUUUUCAAGAAAGUCUAUGCCCCAUUCAUCCUCAAAGAGUGGGUACGACCGAUCAUAGUGGCAGUGUUUGUGGGAAUGCUCUCCUUCAGUAUUGCUGUGGUGAAUAAAGUAGAGGUUGGACUGGACCAGAAACUCUCCAUGCCUGAUGACUCGUACGUGCUGGACUACUUUAAGAACAUAAGCGAAUACCUCCACACUGGAGCUCCAGUGUACUUUGUGGUGAAGGACGGUCUCAACUACAGCUCUCCAGAGGGCCAGAAUGUUGUGUGUGGAGGAGUGGGCUGCAACAACAACUCUCUAGUCCAGCAGGUCUACGCCGCCUCACUCAUCAGCAACUACACAACCAUCGCCUUCACACCGUCCUCUUGGCUCGAUGACUACUUUGACUGGGUGAAGCCUCAGUCCACCUGCUGUCGAUACUACAACAACACUGGGGCCUUCUGCAAUGCCUCGGUGGUAAAUUCCUCCUGUGUACAUUGUCGGCCCAUGACUCCCAGUGGGAAGCAGAGGCCAGUAGGAGACGACUUCAUGCGGUUUCUGCCCAUGUUUUUGUCAGACAAUCCCAACGCCAAUUGUGGAAAAGGCGGCCACGCAGCCUACGCCACGGCAGUUGACCUGUAUCCUGGCAACACGGGGGUCGGAGCCACUUAUUUCAUGACCUACCACACCAUCCUGAAAGAAUCCCCAGACUUCAUAGAUGCUUUAAGAAUGGCCCGAAUCAUAGCUGACAAUAUCACUCAGUCCACGAACCACAAAGUUUUUGCCUACAGCGUCUUCUAUGUGUUUUACGAGCAGUACCUCACCAUUGCGUAUGACACCGCUCUCAACUUGGGCAUGUCAUUGGCAUCCAUAUUUCUGGUGACGACGGUGUUGUUGGGCUUCGAGCUAUGGUCAGCUGUGCUCGUCAGCAUUACCAUCGCCAUGAUCCUGGUCAACAUGUUCGGCAUGAUGUGGCUGUGGAACAUCAGCCUCAACGCAGUGUCUCUUGUGAACCUGGUCAUGAGCUGUGGUAUCUCGGUGGAGUUCUGCAGUCAUAUUGUACGAGCCUUUUCCAUCAGUGUGAAGAAGGACCGAGUGGAGCGGGCAGAGGAGGCCUUGGCUCACAUGGGCAGCUCUGUAUUCAGUGGGAUCACAUUAACAAAGUUUGGCGGUAUUCUAAUCCUGGCACUUUCUAAGUCACAGAUCUUCCAGGUUUUCUACUUUAGGAUGUACUUGGCCAUAGUGUUGCUGGGGGCAACACACGGCCUCAUCUUCCUCCCUGUACUGCUCAGUUAUAUCGGUCCUUCAGUUAACAAGGCAAAGGUGUUUGCUGCUAACAAGCGCUGUGUUGGUACAGAAAGGGAGCGGCUCCUCAACUACUAGCCGGCCGGUUUGGACAAUGAACAAAGAACUAACUAUUUGUGUGGGAGGGACUAUGCGGGUGUGUGCGCAAGCCGUUUCUGUGACUAAUGACCCACUCAUCAUCGUUGCCACUACUAUGCACAGAUUUAACUCAGGAAUAUACUUUGGAAUAGGAGCGCCGGAGGCCUUGUCCAACUGCAAACUAAUUGAGUUUCCUCAGAAGACUUUGGACCCCCUACCAUUCCUCCUCCUCCCGCUUCUAACGCUUCACACUACAUGACAAGCCUGACUUCAAUGUUUGAAGCAUGAGCGACAUACCGCUGUACAGAAAACGCCACUUUGACAGUGUGGAAGUAGGAGAGACGCCACCCCCCGACAUCAGUUGACAGACAGUAUAUCAGUUCCAUAUAUGCUAUGAGCUAUUUUCAUUUGGGAAACUCAAAAGGGUAAAACUUUUUUAAUAUAUACCAGGGGAAAAAAUAAUGUGUAAAAUUACUUUUUUUCAAACAUUUACAUAUGUGGGGCUUUUGUAGAACUAUUUGAUAUUAUGAAUCAUUUAUUGACUGGCACAAUGCACACAGACUGGAGCUAAUUAGAGUACAUUAAUAUUAUCAUAGGCCCUCAUAAUACCUGGCAUUAACAUGGAUCAUACCCGGGGCUGUGUCCAGAGACUGUAUUAAAUAGCAGGCCAGCUAGUUGUAGCAUUUUCAUCUAGUAGUGCAUUUCCUGUGCAGCUUUUAAGUGUUAGGACAGUAAUGUUUCGACUCAGCACACUGGAAUUGCACAUUAGAAUUUAAGAACAGCGAGUGGUGUAGGAAUUGAAGCCCCUAUUUUUUUUAUUAUUAUUAUUUUUUUAAAGGCUACAUUGAUGUCGAUGUAAACACUACCAAAGCUUACACAUAACAGUCAUCGUUUCAUUUACAAGUCACAGUAGUGGGAUACAGAGCCAAAAGCUAAACAGUCCAAGUACUUGUGCAUAUCCAAACCACAUCCUGCAUGGUCUUUUAUUUCCACAUUGGAAAUAAGCUAUUUACAUGAUCUGGUGCAACAUUUCAUUUUAGAACUAGUCUAAUGUAUCCUAAUUGUCCUUUUUAAAGUGUUUGCAUGACUAGGUUAGUAGUCCAUCCUGGGUGCUUUUACAAAUGGUCACAGCAAAAAACAAAACAAAACAAACAACCCGGUGUCAGUCCAGACGCAUGUUGAUGCCAGGUGUAAAGGGUGCCAGAAUGCUAAUAAUGGUUUUGCGUGGGAGUGUAAAUGAGACACUGCAGUUACUGAACAAAACAUUUGAUGCAUCUGAGGUGAAGAGAUGGAGACUUAUAUUUAACUUGAAAUAGCUUACGUAGGACUAAUUUAGAUGUAUUUCUUUGUCAUCUACUGUAGAAUGACUGCAUAAUGGUUCAGUGCUGAGGUUUUUUCAGUCCUAAACAUGUUAUUUUUUGUUUAACAAUUAACAGUUUGUUACUAUCCGUUACUUAAUAUCCUCUUCCAGUGUCCUUUUUUUUUUUUUUUUUAAACUAAGUCCUCCAAAGAAAUUACUUUGUUUUAAAGAAAAACCAACAACUUUGUGUAGCCAAUUGAAAAAAUAACUGUACACCCCAGGAGCGUGUUCACCUGCAUCACCUUCACCCCAUCUUGUCUGAGAUUGCAACGAGUCAUUGAUCCCUCAUCAAGGUGGUGUGCUUCCAUUAGGUAAAUUUGAAUGUGGUUGUGAUGUCACUGGAAGAGGAUGUUAACAUUUUACCCAAGGUACAAAAAAAACAACAACAACCUGCUGGGACCUUUAAGAUUACAAUUCCUUGAUUUUAGUGUUCUAAAAUACAGUAAUGUCGGGGUUUUUUUUUUUUUGAAUGUAAGAAAUAAGUUGGUCAAUGUAAAGUUUAAACCUGGAUGUAGAAAAAUGUUUGAGCUGUAACAUGAAUAAUGAAGAAUUUUGCUUGUUAACAGCACUCAAUCAAGCAUUGGCAUGCUUUUUAGUUUUUAAUGUUUUUUUAACACAUAUUAAAUACUUAACAUUCUCAGAAAAGUA